UGCUCUGUCACCACAGACCCUGCUGAAGAGUCUGUCCCCUUCUCUCCUCUUGCUCCCCUUUAGACACUGAAGGCCAUUCUCAGGUCUCCUCAGAGCCUUCUCUUCUCCACCUGCACAGCCCCAACUCUUUCAGCCUGUAGGUGCUUCAGUCGUAGGUGAGGUGUUUUAUUCCUUGGAGCAUUUUUGUGGAUCUCCUCUGGACGUGCUUCAACAACUCCUUGUCUCUCCUGUACUGAGGACUCUCCCUAUCUGGGUGCAGUGCUCCAGGUGAGGCCUCACAGUGCAGAGCAGAGGGGCAGGAGCACCUCCCUUGACCUGCUGGCCAUGCUGCUUUGGAUGCAGCCCAGGACACGGUUGGCUUUCUGGACUGUGAGGGCACAUUGCUGGCUCAUGUCUUGCUGCCAUCCAUCAAUACACCCAGAUCCUUUUCAGCAGGGCUGUGCUCUAUCCUGUCAUUCCCCAGCUUGUGUUGGUAGUGGAUGUUGCCUCGACCCACGUGCAGACCCUGCACUUAGCUUUGUUGAACCUCAUGAGGUUCACCUGGGCCCACUGCUCAGCCUGUCUGAGUCCCUCUGGAUGGCAUCCCCCCCUCCCCCGGUGUGUCAACCACAGCCCUAUGAGACACUGUGACCGCUCUGGUUUGGUUCCUGGCACUCAGAGCUGGCCCUUGACCUGCUGCCAGGUGUCAGUCAACCUAUCUGGUCCUGCACUGCCCACCUGCAUGCCUUGCUUCCACUCCGAGGCAGAUGUAUUUUGUUGAGGCAAACUGUGUCCUAGUUGUUUGGGUUCCUUGAAUAUUGCAGUUUGAUUCCAAAAAGUAAGGCUAACCAGAAUGUUUUGUUAUCCUGAUGUGAAACAGGUCAGAGUUCCCAUUCUUCUUUUCAUUGGUCAUGAGCUGACUCUAGUUCACUGAAAAAUGUUGAAGCAGGAAGCCUGACAAACUUGCAGUUCACUGUUAACCAAUUACAGCAGAGCUUUCUUGCUUUUACACUGCAUCUAAGUAAUGAAGAAGUAAUUCUGCAUGAAUGCAUAUCUUCAGUAGAGAUGUGGAGCUGUGCUGCAGCCCCCGCUAGUGUGCACUUGUUUAGGACUGUGCGAGCUGUGCUCUGAGCUGGCGAGAACCCACAGCAUUUCUGCGGUGUUCCAGAGAGCCCAAGCCACAGUGGGCAGGCAGACACGGAUGCAAAAAACACAAGGGAGUAGAUCAGGGUCCCAGCAAUCCUGAGGUGUGCUUCUUUUGCUCCCUUAUUUUCCCCAGGGACUGCCAUCUGGGUUCACUAAUGAACACUGGGGUCUGCUCAGAGCAGCUGCAGUCUGAAGCUCCUGGUGUCACCAGGGAGGUGCUUUGCGUUGUGGUGUCCAGCUGUGCCUCUUCGUUGUGCCCCAAAGUCUGAGUUAAAACCCUUGCCCUGGAGAGCUGGACUCUUGCUUUCAACUUGGAAUGCAUGCUGGCUGCCAGUGUGUGAUAUAGUUCGCUAGAAACUGAGGUUUGGUGGAUCAUAGGCUUCUGAAAGAGUCCUUAUCUGCUUGGGGAGCAGUUUGUUGUGUGAAGUUGCCAUGCUAAUGCUUUUUUUUUUUUUUUUUUUUUUUUUUUUUAAUGGAGACUGCAAGAUAUUGCCUCUCCACUAUUUCCACGGGUUCCUGGGGGAGCAAGGCUGCAGGGCUCCCUGUUCUGCCUCCCCUUUGUUCCCCAAGUGAAUAUAAGAACAAUUACUUAGCUGAGAGGCAGGCAAAAUAAAUGAACAGAGAGGUGGCAGCUGUUGAAUUUUGUGGAAUUUUGGGAAGCUGUGGUCCGAUAGAAACCCAGACUGGUGCCUGCACUGCACACAGCAGGAGUGGUGGCACAGGAAUGGGGGUCUGUACAGCAUGACAUGUUGAGAACACAGUCUGAACAACCCUCUGGGAGGACUGGAUCUAUGGUAUGUAAGGUGAGCUUUGGAGGCAGAGGACGCAUGUCUACAGACAUGCAGGCUUUUUGGAAUAUCAGCUUCAAGAAUUGUCUAAAAAUGUUUCAGUGAGGGUGCAUUUUUGCUCUGUGGGUAUAUAUGACAGUCAAAAGUAGUGCCUGACAGUUCCUGGCCUUCUCAAAGUGUUUUGGAUGCCUGCUUCCAUAGACUUACAUUUUUUAGAAUAGCCUUGAUCUAAUGUAUAUCGUAUUCUUGUUUGCUCAGCACCAUCUGUGUAAGGGACUUCUGUUUGAGGAAAUCUCGCUUUAUCUGGAGAAUGGCACAUGUAAGAACAUGUUUUAUGGCUAUCUUUCUACAUCCAUCCUCUACUUUCUACUGAGAAAACAAUGAGACAAGCUAAUUUUCCAACUAGAUUCCUCACAACCAGGUCUCAUGUAAAAAGUAACCAUGCAGAAAAGCAGCUUUUGAUCUCCUGCCUGCUCCUUAAUUGCACUAACGGUGACAAUGAGAUAUUUCAGGGUUUGCACGGUUAAGCAGAGGAGCUGCCACAGCUUUCUUGUUUAUUUUUUCUUUACAUCAGCUCUGAACAGAAGUGACGACAAGGAGCUGCAGGUGCAGCACUUGCUGUACAAAGCAGACGUGCCUUUGUCUGUCCUUAUCUCGAAAGAGCUUCUCAGUUAUCCUGGUAAAGUUGGGAAUUGAAAAGAAAUGAGGCUGAGUCAACUUGACUGAACAUGGAAAAACAAACAUGAAAAAACAAACAUGGAAAAGAAUGUGCUAGAGAAGGAAAAAAAAAGAGAAUUAAUUUCUAGACCCAGAUUAUGCUGUACUAGGGAGCAACUGUCUGGUAUUCACAGAUUAAACAGUGGCUUAGCUAACAUGCAUUGAUAGUGGUAGCACGGAAUGACUUAAGCUAGAAGGGGCUGCAGAGAUCAGCCGGUUCCAACCCCCGUCCCUCUGCGCAGGGCUGCUCUCUGUGAGCUCUUCUCCCAGUCUGCACACACCUGGCGCUGCCCCGACCCGAGCACAGCACCCCGCGCUGCGCCUCGCUCGGCCUCAGCAGGUUCUCGUGUGCCCCUUCUCCAGCCUGUCCAGGUCCCGCCGGGUGCCGCCCUCCCUUCUGCUGUGCCAUCGCAAACUGCUGAGGGUGCGCUGAACGCCAUCCUCCAUUGGUGCCAGUGGUUGAAGAGCGCCGCUCCCAAGAGGGACCCUUGGGGGACGCUGCUUGUUGGCCUCCACCCGCACGCAGAGCCACUGAGCGCAGUGCUCUGGCUGUGAGCGCAAACCAGUUCCUUAUCACUGAGCAGCACCUUCAGAUCCAGCUCUGUUCGACACACAGACGAGGACGUGGCGCAGGACGUGCCGAAGGCCUUGCGUGGAUCCGGGCAGGCGACACCAGGUGCCCUUCCUUUGGCCACUGAUGCCAGGCUCCGUCGCAGAAGGCCACCGGACGGGUCAGGCGCCAUCCUCUCUUGGUGAAGCCGUGCUGGCUGUCUCAGAUCCCCACUCAUCCCUUACGUGCCUUGGCAUCUCUUCCAGGAGGAUCUGCUCCACAGUCUUCCCAGGCACAGAGUGUUCCAUGUGGAUCCCAGAGGGCCUGCAGGUGGCUGUGAAAGCCAAUGGAAUGACUGCCUACAUCAUAGGAGUGAUGUUGGCGGACGGCCGCCAGCGGCAUGGUGCGAUGUGCUGAGGGGCGGCCGCGGGGCUGUGGCACGGCGAGGAGCUGCUCUGAAUGAAGCCAGGCUCCCUGCACCAUGGGCCAGUGCGUCACCAAGUGCAAGAAUCCUUCGUCUACCCUCGGCAGCAAAAAUGGGGAAAGGGAAACGGGCAGCAAGUCGCAUAGCAAGAGAAGUGCUGUCCACAAAGAUGAGCAGGCUUCAGCGUGUGGGAAGUCCUCGGGAGACGUACUUGUGAACGGGACAAAGAAAGCGGAUGCUGCUCUGGAGUCCGGUCCUUCGGUAUUUUCUGGGGAUACAAAGAAAGACUCCGUCUCCAGCGCGGAAGAAUCGUCCCUCCAAAGGAUUGGAGAGUUAUUUAGGAGAUACAAGGAUGAACGGGAAGAUGCCAUACUGGAGGAAGGAAUGGAGCGAUUUUGCAAUGACCUCUGUGUUGAUCCCACUGAAUUUAAAGUGCUAGUUCUGGCUUGGAAAUUCCAGGCUGCUACUAUGUGCAAAUUUACAAGGAAGGAGUUUUUUGAAGGCUGUAAAGCAAUAAACGCAGACAGCAUCGAUGGCAUUUGUGCACGGUUUCCCAGCCUCUUACACGAAGCCAAGCAGGAAGAUAAAUUCAAGGAUCUCUACCGCUUCACCUUUCAGUUCGGCCUGGACUCUGAGGAAGGACAGAGGUCGCUGCAUCGGGAAAUAGCCAUUGCCCUUUGGAAAUUAGUCUUCACCCAAAACAAACCCCCCAUUUUGGACCAGUGGUUGCACUUCCUAGUAGAGAACCCCUCAGGAAUCAAGGGAAUCUCCCGGGACACAUGGAACAUGUUUCUAAAUUUUACUCAGGUGAUCGGACCAGACCUUAGCAACUACAGCGAAGACGAGGCCUGGCCGAGUCUCUUUGAUACCUUUGUGGAGUGGGAAAUGGAGCGGAGGAAAAAGGAGGAAGAAACCAAAUGUAUUACAUCUUCGGACACAGAGGGUCUGUGUGCAGAAGAACAGACUUAACAGCAUUUAAGCGGCAGUGAUGAAAGCAACCUGUUGCCCUUCAUGAGAUGUAAACUCUGGAUGUUUCUGGAGGUUACCAAGGCUCCAGAUUUCUUUUCUACUUUACACCUUUUUCUGCCUUGUAUUCGAAAGGGCUCUAAAAUGCUGUAUCAUGUUUUAGGCACUUUCUUAACUUUGGUUAUUCCUUUUACUCUUACCCUGAAAUAUUUGACCCCAGCUACAAGUUAAGCAUUUUUGUUAAGACUUCAGAUUAGUAUAAGUAAGUCUGAUAUUUCUUGCACAAUGUAGAUCUUUUUAGUUAGGUUAAAUUAACAUUGCUAAAUUAUACAGUGCCAGAUUAAGUUUUUCAUACUAUGUCUGUCAGGGCAGGUCUGUACUGUGCGUAGUGCUGUUUACAUUGUUGAAAAUUUAGGCUAUAAUAAUUUUAAGGUUUUAUACCAAGAAUAUAGCAGUGUUAACUUGAAAUGCAUUAAUCCCCUCCUAAUAAGGCCCUUAAAAAACAAUGACAACAAAUCCAACAACAUAAGCAACAGCUUUUUGUAAUGCGGCUCAUUGCCACUUGAAGCUAACUCCUUGCGACCGAGUCAAAUCAUUCCUUUUUAUUUUCAGUUUCAAACUAAAUGUUGGGACUGUUUUUAUAAAGUUACUGUACCUGUCAGUCAACUGAGUGGUAGAUGAGGAUUUGUAUCGAAAUCUCUGACACAACACGUAAUAAAAGAGCAGUGCUACCUCAGUUUUAUUGAAAGUGGACUUCUUGGUGGACUUCCAUUUUCUUUGGAAGUUUAUUUUUGUGGUUACAGGAGAAUAUUUUUACUUGACUAAAAGAACCAAAGGUUCUGCUUCUUAAGUUUCUUAAAUAUUGACAGAAGCAACACACAAAGCCUGUCUUCAAGGAAAACUGCGGUAUAAUUCUGCUUUAAUUUGUUUGAUUUAUACCUGAAGCAUUAUCUUACUUGUCUGGCAAGCACAGUACUUCUAUGUGAGGAACCAGUUUUUUUAAAGCUAUGCUUAAUUGCUAAAUUGCAGUUAAUACUCCACACUUUCUGGAGCAACAAUAUCGGCAUCUGAUGACAAAGUGAAUUCGUAAUGUGUUCUUAAUGACAACAGUGUAGACGAGUCAUUUUUAGACUGAUUUGAUAAUAUUUGGAAAGGAGUAAAUUUAAUAUUUUACAAUGCCUGUAUUGGGACUGUUUGCCUGUUGAAAUUGUUGUGACUUAAAGGGAAUUUUAUUAACACUGGUUGAAGCUUUUUUUGGUUAUUGAUGUUAACUUUUUUAAUUGUAUUACGCCAACUUUUUUACACGUUUUGGUAAAAAGGGAUAAUUGCCAAGGCUUCCCAUGAAGCCCAGUGUCAAACUCAUGAAGCCAAUACAUGUACAUCACACACCUUUUAUUUUCAGAGCUGUACUUCAGGAUCGUAAAAUGGCUUCAGUGAAAAAUCGAAAGCAACAAAAACCCUCAAAACUGAACGGUCAUCUCUAGCAUCUCACAGGUUUUGUGACAGUGUGUAGAAGCCGAACUUUCGGGGGUGAGCUUGUUAUUGGGUCUGAGGUGCUGUGCAGUGCAUGUCUGCUGCUGAGCUAGUGGAGCGUUUGCCUGACUUCUGUGCUGGGCUCUGCUGAUGCACAGCCUGCAUGGCAGCUUGGGGCAGAGUUCAUACAUCACUUACAAUCCCUGGCUGUCUAAAACUGCUUAAAAACAAGCCCACGAUGACUGAUGGCAUCUCCUCCUGUAACAGGAGGGUUUGGUCUGUGCUGCUUUGGCAAGCUCCUCUUGGGAGAGUGAAGCAGUGGGGAACAAAUAGAGGCGUAGCUAAGCCUGUCCCUGGGCAGGAGGGGCCCUGCUCAGGGCGUUACAGGCAAAUCUGCCCCAAGGAUGCCCUGCUGCUCUCAUCCUCCAUGCUGCCCUAACAGCACUGGCACAUUUUGGCAGCAAAACUGUAUUUUUGUUUGGUGAGCAAAGCAGGCAUUUAUGCUGUUAGAGUGGAAUCGUUGAGACUUCUGCUGGUGCUCUUCUUUAAGCAAGAGAAAAGAGCUCUCCAGCAGAGGCCGCUUUGCUGGAGAAAGCCCCAGAUGGAGGCCUGAGCUCAUAGCAGAUGAAGGCUAUAUGAAGUUUGGGACACUCGUUCAGCUGCUCAGUGCUCUCUUCAUCGCUUCAUUUGUUCCUAAAGGUAGUUCUAAAGUGUUCGGUGCAUAAAAGCUGUGUUCACCCAGUGCAGGGUGCAACUCUGCACAUACAGAGCUGGAGCAGUGACUGCUGCUUGUCUGCACAGUGAACUGCAGCAGCUCGAAAAGGGGGGGAUUAGAGAGCUUUGUGGAACACAUUUAUCUGGUGGUGCGGAACAUGGAUUGCAGUAAGAAAAUAAAUUUGUAGUACAUCAAGGCUUAGCCAUUUCAGUGCAUCAGACACAAGACAGCUUCUUUCUUUAGACAGCAGCAGUGAGCAUGCUGGAAGGAACAAUAUUUUCUCUGGGAGGCAGGCAUGCAGCUGUCAGUGAAUUCUGUCCUGUGCUUUCAGCGCACAAGGAAAACUGCCCACAGGUGGGCUUGGCAGAGUGCUGUUGGUUUCAGUCUGGCCUUGGUGCUUACGGGGCAGUUACAGGAUGCAAGCCAGACCUGUGUCUGCUGUAAACUCCUGGCAGCAGGAGCUGUGGUUAUGGGGCAGCUCUUCUAUAGCAGUGCUGGUACUUGGUGCUCCUACCCCCAGCAGCACUGCCUUUCUGUGCCACUAGAGUGCUGCUUCAGAUGCACUUCUGCAAAGUCUGCAGCAAUAUUGGGGCCUCUGAAAAUGUGCUUGCCUAGUGGUUAAACUGUGAGUGCUUGUGGAAGAGGUGCAAUGCUUUCCAUUCUCCAUAUAAUCUGUCUUCAAUGGCCACAGGACUGGAUCGAGCAGUGAUGCAGAUCAAGUGGUCAAAACCAUUGGAUCUGUUUAGUUUUUUUUCUUAGAGUAUGCAUUCGAAAUCUUAAUGCAUGAAGUGAAUCUGCUUGGGAUAACUACAGAUAACUAUACAGAUCAUUGUAGGAAUUUACUGGGAAUGUGAUCUGUGGCAUUUUAUUGCCUUUGCUUAUACACAAAGAAGUGUAACUUGUGCACUGGGCACUGUGCAGUGUUACUGCAGUGCCUUGGCAGCUUGGCUCAGUGGUGCCAGCUUCUCCUGCGGGUGUGAUUUUGGGUCAAAGACUGUCAGUGGAUUGAUUCAAGUGCAGAUUUGAAAGAUUUCACCCAGAGUUGGCCAUCAAACUUGAUGAGUAACUUAAUGGAAACUGAAUGUGGAGCUGUGUGUUUAUUUGCUGCUGGUGCUAUUCUGUGUGGAGAAUUACAGCCUUGUAUUACUGUGCAGUGGUACGGAGAGAACCCGAGGGAAAAGAGAUGAGUGUGGCAGGUGGCAUGGGACCUGCUGGGGUACGGGCUGCUGCAGGCUAUGGGUUUGUCCCAACUGUUGCUGUGGCCAUCAGAGCCCUGAGGCCCCCUGAGGUCCUGUCUCACCUUCUGCUUCUGUGCACCCGCUGCUGACAUGAGCAUCUUCCUUAUGGUUCUAAGCCUUGUUUCCAAAAAAUAACCCCAAACAAACAAGCAGAAUUAAACACCAUGUGGUUACCGUCUGCCUCGGAUCUGACUCAGUGUGCUGGCUGAGGCUGUGCCGUUCCUACUCACUGUAGGAGAACAGGCACUGUGGACGUCUGGGUCUUGCAGCCCUGUGUUCUGCGACGUGGCCCUUGUGGCAGGAAUCAGUUGGGCGCCUGAUUCUUUGAGCUCCCUCUGCUUGAAACGUGUGCGUGUGAACUUCCCCUUUCAUACUGAAAAGGAAGAUGCUUAGCCUGAAACUGAAAACUCUUCAGUGUUUAAUAUACAGCAAAACAAACUUUGAAGGCUUUUGUUUUUUUUUUCAAACAAGUAGUAAAAGAUAAGUGUGCUUAUUUCUGUUGUGUGUAGAGACACUGGUGUUAAUUUUUUUUCUCUGGAUUAUCAAAGAUUGUAUCUUUGGUUUAUAUCUUCAGUUAAAGUGAAAUACAUGAGAUUGUAAGAAGGAAGGCCAUAAUUCCUUCACCAUGAAGUACAUAGGUAUCUCUACCUCUUGUCAGACUUGAGUAGUUCAAGUUGAUCAUCCUCUCCCAGGCUAUGAUGCCUGGAUAAGUAAUGUACACUUUUUAAUUGACCCAUGUUAAGUGUUACCUAUUUACCAUACUUCUUGGUAUCCUGCUUUUGGUCUGCAUGCAGUCGACCCUUUGGAAUGGAGCAAAGCCAAGCUGGUAAGGGACAUGUGAGUCCUGCAGGGAGUGAGUUCCAGAGCGCAGCGGUGAGUGGAGCUGCUCCCGACUAGCUCAGGGCCUUUCAGCAUCGCACCUUGUCUUUCCACUUCAGGCCACAAUGAAUGGGAGAUGGAGCAGCUGCUCUCCAAGAAGGGACCGUCUGGCCCUUUCAUUUGCUCUUGAAAAGCAUCAGGAACCCACCUGAUGCAGUGCUAUGAGUGUAUUUCUUACACGUUCCGUACUUUGUUCCAUCUUGAGCUGUGCAACAAAAAGUGAAGGCUGCGAAAGGGCUGCACAGCUGCUGCUUCCUACCUGCGCUCAGUGUCUGCUCAGGAUGAAUGCCUUAUGCUUAAAGCAGAGCUGAGAGUGCUCAAGCACGCUGGAGAUGCUGGGAGGUUCUCCUUUUCUGUUCUUCGAAAGCUUCUAUCUUUGCAUAAUUGCAUCCUGAAGAUAAAAUCUCUUUCUAGAUGACAUGCAUUCUACACAAAGAAAAAACACAUUUGUCUGCAAUGCUCUUGCUUCUUGCUUGCAGAUUCUCCUUGGGCUGUGGGUUGGCUGCGGCUGGGGCAGCACGCUUGAAUGUUGCCGAUGGAGCUGUCCCUGUGCCUUGGGAGUGGCUCUUUAGUCAAGUUUAGUUAUCUUAAAAAUAUGCAUUCUUUCUUAUCAGUAAGUUGAAAUGGGCCCUCAGAAAGGAAGUGGGCCACCGGGAGUGGUGGGAAGGCCUCAUGCUGUGAGUUGUCCCAUUGUCUGGAGUUGCAAGAGAGAUGGAUGGACUGCAGGAUGAGGUUCUCACCCUGCACUGCUGGGCUCCAUCCCACACAUCCACAGGGGCACAAAGUGAGCCCGCGUUGCUGCAGCUGUAUGGAGGGGGAGGGAGCACUGACAGCCAGCCUGGAGAUCUGCAGCUUGCAGCACAGACACUUGUUGUAGAGCUCAGCCCUGGCGUGGCCACAUCGCCCUGUAUGGAAGGAAUGUGUUUUGGUAGUGUAUACUCCCAGAGAAGUGAAUAAUUGUAAGAAAACAGUGGAAGCAUCACACCUUUGUGCAGCUUUCACUGAACUGUAUGUGAACACUGCUAGCUACCAGUCUCCUCAGUAAGCCCUCAGGGGCACUUGGGAUCAAAUCUACCAUUCUCUGUAUCAGGAGUAAUCCUUGCUUUUUGGACUUACCAGCAGACACCACGUGUUUUCUCCAGUUUUCUCGCUGCAGGAAAUGAUGAAUGUAUUGUCGUGGAGCAGAACCACACUUCCUCCUCCAGCUGGCACCAUCACGAGUGCUGCGGAGCUGUAAUGCUUGAAAAGGCUACAGUAAAUUCCGUUUCAUGCUGGAUGUCUUUUCGAGGAUGUGGCCAAGUGUGAAGCCAUGAUCUGGAGAAAAAGUGGGAAAAGUUUGAGGUGAUGUUUCUAUACUGAGUCUUAUCUGCUUGGUUGCUUUACAAAUACUUCUCUUGUGUUGUCUUGCUCACCGUUAUUGUCUGGAACAGAAUGGAAACAGCGUCCCACAGAAUGUGCAGUCUGAGGCACAGUGCACGUAGGUUGUGAUGAGAAGGUUGUUACUUGAUAGCAACCCUGAGUGCAAUGCUCAGUCCCUUUUGGAAGAAAAGCAUUAAGGUUUCUCUUUACUUAUAAGCAAAGCAUCAGUCUGUCCAUUACUGACAUCUUGUGGAGUUUGUGCCAGAUGUAUAUUAAAUAUUUUGGUGCUUUUUCUAA